CCGGAGCUCAUCCCCGGCUGCUGCUGCUGGGAGGAGCCGCCGCAGCACGGAGCUCGUUCCCCGGCGGAGCGGUCACGACCACUGCGGCAGCCCGGACGCUGCAGCCCCGGUGGUGUCCCCGGUCCCGGUGUCCCGGUCGGGUUUGGAAUUGAGUGGAAUUAAGUCAACGAGCUAGGGACAUAAUUCAUGCGUUGACGGACGGACCCUCUGGUGUGAGUCGGUCCGGGAACAUGAGCCCGGUGGUCCCGCAAUGAGCAGCCCGCGGAGGUCUGCCAGGCUCCGGCUGCGGCGGUCGAUCAGCGAGCAGCUGCGGGACUCCACGGCCCGGGCCUGGGAUCUGCUGUGGAGGAAUGUCCGGGAGCGACGGCUGGCAGAGAUUGAGGCUAAGGAGGCUUGUGAUUGGCUUAGAGCAGCAGGAUUUCCACAGUACGCCCAGCUUUAUGAAGAUUCCCAGUUUCCAGUUGACAUUUCCUCAGUGAAAAGGGACCAUGACUUCUUGGACCGGGAUCUGGUGGAGCCGCUAUGUCGACGUCUCAAUACUCUGAACAAGUGUGCGUCCAUGAAACUGGAUGUCAGUCACCCCAAGAAGAAAGGUGAUGACUCCGAUGAAGACGACCCGCUGGCGAUCAGUAAGCGGUGGACGUUUGAGUGGAGCAGCCGACGCUGGUCUCGUCUGCAGGACUUCCUGUUGGACAGCACCAAUGACAACAGCCCGACAGGUCCGGGGGGGGGUCUGCGCAGCACAGUGAGCAGCGAGAGCGUCCUGACCGACCUCAGCGAGCAGGAGAUCACCGACAUUUCCUCGCUGCACAGUGAGGACUCCACCUCGGCCAUGCCCGACUCCCUCUCCAUGGCGUCCCUCUCCGCCUCCUACCAACCGCCCAGUGAGCUCUCACACUACAACUCCCUGCCAAUGAAAAGCAGCCGCCACCGCCAAGGUGGGCGGAGCAAAGCCAAAGAGUUUUUGCGUCGCAUGGAAGGGAUGCGCACCUGGGGGCCGUCCACCAGGCGGAAAAGCUCAAACCGCCGGCCGCCACUCGUUAUCAGUGGGCCGGUGUUACAGGGGGAGGAGCCUCAGGCACUGCAGGUGCUCCAGUGUACUCCCAUCAGCCAAUUAGAGCCCAGUCCUAACAACCACCAAACGGAUGAAGACACUCCUGCUGACACACUCACCAAUGAUUGUAAAGACCGGUCCCUGGUGAGAGUGAGCGCCAGCAGUGAGGCAGUGGCGCCCGACGUGAAGGAGGCGGGGUUCACCAGACCUCGGCCGGCCAGCAAGAGAAGCAGCAUGUACCUGGAGGACAUGGAGCUGCCUUCUCAGGGGAAGAGGACUGAGGGGCAGAGUCAGUUUGGCAGAAACCAGUUUCAUUCGUAUGAGAACCUCCUCAUUCACAUCCCCAAAGACCAUAAACCUGGCACUUUCCCCAAAGCUCUGUCCAUCGAGAGCCUGGCGCCCUCCCCCGACGACAGGAACAAUGGCCGCCAGACACGGACCCAACCUUCCACGCCCUGCAACGGCCUGGGGGAUCCCUGGUCCAGCAAACCUCUCUCCAGGCCCCCCUGUCCCGGAGCCCCCCGGGGCAGCAGGGUGAGCGUGUACGACAACGUGCCGGGCUCGCACCUGUACGCCAGCACCGGGGACCUGCAGGACCUGGAGACCGAGGACAACAUGUUCCCUCACCUGGACGACAUCAUCCAGCACGUCAGCGGCUUGCAGCAAAUCGUGGACCACUGGAGCAGGAGCGUGCUGCCCGAGGACGACACGGGGGAGGAGGAGGGGGAGGGGGAGGGCCGGACCACCCCCAGCGAGUGCGAGAGGGACGGCGUCUCCAUGAACGAUACAGACUCCACGGGGACCGGUCGGGAGAGGCGGGACUCUGGAGUCGGGGCCUCGCUGACGAGACCACGUCUGCGAUGGCCCAGUUUCAGAACCUCCGAUCAUCUCAACCAGCCGGCGUCCUCGCUGCAGAUCAGCAGCCAAUCAGCAGGCCAGCUCAGCCUGCUGCAGAAGUUCUCUUUGCUCCGCCUCACCGCCAUCAUGGAGAAAUAUUCCAUGUCUAAUAAACACGGCUGGACAUGGUCUGUGCCCAAGUUUAUGAAGCGCAUCAAGGUGCCCGACUACAAAGAGAGGAGUGUGUUUGGUGUUCCCCUCAUCGUGCAUGUCCAGCGCUGUGGUUUCCCGCUCCCUCUGUGUUUACAGCAGGCCCUCGGCCACCUCCGAACACACUGUCUGGACCAGGUGGGAUUGUUCCGCAAAUCAGGCGUGAAGUCUCGUAUUCUGGCUUUGAGGCAGCAGUGUGAGCUGUCCCCCGACUCCGUGAGCUACGAGGACCAGUCGGCGUACGACGUGGCCGACAUGGUGAAGCAGUUCUUCAGAGACUUGCCUGAGCCUCUGCUCACCAGCAAGCUGGGGGAAACCUUCCUGCACAUUUACCAAUACGUCCCGAAGGAGCAGCGGUUGCAGGCGGUCCGAGCGGCCAUCUUGCUGAUGCCGGACGAGAACAGGGAGGUUCUGCAGACGCUGCUCUCCUUCCUGCGCGACGUCACCGCCCUGGUGGAGGAGAACCAGAUGACGCCGAUGAACCUGGCCGUGUGUCUGGGGCCUUCGCUCUUCCACCUCAGCAUCCUGAAGAACGAGACGCUGUCGCCAAGGUCGAUCCAGAAGAAGUACACCACCGGCCGUCCGGAUCAGAAAGACCUGAGUGAGAACCUGGCCGCCACUCAGGGCCUGGCACACAUGAUCUCCGAGAGCCAGCGUCUGUUUCAGAUCCCAGAGGAGAUGGUGACCCAGUCUCGUAAUUCCUACAUGGAGGCCGAGCUGAUGGUGCCGCCGCUGGACGAGCUGUGCAAGGCUCACGAGGAGGAGGUGGAUGAGGACGAAGAGGAGGACGAUGAGGAAGGAUCCUAUCAUGGACACAUAGAGCGCCUGGUCCAGAACCUGCUGAAAGAUGCCAAAGACAAGAGCAAAGCCUGGGUGUCACGCUCGACUGUUGACAAUACAGAGCUGGCUUUUAAAAAGGUGGGAGAUGGAAACCCUCUGCGGCAGUGGCGUGUGUGCGUGGAGGUGCCGGCUCCUCCCAAUGAGGUGCUGCACCGGCUGCUCAGAGAGCGCCCCCUGUGGCAGACUGAGCUACGGCAGGAGAAGGUUCUGGAGCCGCUGGACAGACAGACGGAUGUGUACCAGUACUCCUGCUGCAACAUGGCACCUCAACCCAACUGUGACUAUGUGGUACUGAGGUCGUGGCGUACGGAGCUGUGCAGAGGUUCCUGUGCGCUGGUGAGCGUGUCCGUGGAGCACGAGGACUCCCCACGCAUGGGGGGGCUUCGGGGGGUCGUGCUGGAGUCGCAGUACCUCCUGGAGCCCUGUGGGACGGAGAGGACCAGGCUCACACACAUCUCCAGAGUGGACCUCAGGGGAAGAUCUCCAGACUGGUACAACAAGGCCUUCGGUCACCUGUGUGUCAAUGAAGUCCAGAGGAUCCGCUCCUCUUUUCUCCCUCCAGAUCAGACGAGCACCGAGGCCAAGGUCUGAACCCUGGGGAAACCAGCUUUAUCCUGGGUCAGCUGAUCCAGGAGGGGAAUCAUCCAGGAAAUGGACGUUGGUGUCUUUUCAUGCUGCUGAGCCACACUGAGCCUGUCUGUACCAAACUGUACUGAGUCACAGUCAUUCACACACAGACGGGAGAGGGGUAGUUUAUAUCAUGUAAUCACUAAUUUAUUUUCCAGUGUACCAUAGAACAAACAUUUUAGUUUUCCCUUUCACAUAAUCAACUCCUGACCACGUGCAGUUUUUGAAGGGUAAGGUUGAGUAGACAGUGAGUACUUUCCAGUGUUUACUGGGUCCUUCUUUAAAAUCCAUCAAUGAACCAGUCUGCGUCGGCAGGUUUGAUCAUGAGAUGUUUGCCACAGUAUUUGGCAAUGAAAUGAAGUAUUUCUUCCUGCUAAAAAAGAAGCAACUACACAAACCAAAAGACACGAGUGAGAACACAACGUCCUUAUCAGAGGCAACAAUUUCCUCUAUGUUAUAGAACAGACCUGACAAACAGGACAUAUUCACUCCAGUCUGGUUUUGUCAUUUUAAACACUGUCAGCUACAAACAGCCACAUUGACAAACACUUGACGAUGACAUCUUAUCUACAAUUAUUAUCUGAUUAAUCUUUUAAUAAACUAGUGGAAUCUGGAUCUUCUUAUAUGUACAUUUAUAGCAUGCACUUAAUUAUUCUAUAUUAUUCUUGAGCCUUCUACAGAUGCUGUAUAGAUCCAUAGGAAUGACUAGGACCAGUACAGUAUGGGCACAUGACAGCACUACAUUGUGAAAGUGCGUUAGUUUCAGGAAGAAUCGAGGACACAAGGGAUCCGGAUCACAGAAAACGGGAAACAGUCAUCGGGUCCAUAAAUGUGCUUCAACCCAGUUAUGGAAACAUUGAGUUGGAUAUCACUGUUGAUUUAGUUCCCUGUCAUUAUUUUCAGUGUUAAUCUUAUCUAAAUUAAAUGUUAUUUUAAAGUUAUUAUUGUCAUUAUCUCUCCGUACAUGGUAUCAUUGUGUUUUUAUUGUCAUUUAUACAAUGUCUAAGACAUGAGACCAUUUCACUGCUUCUGGGAAGCUUGUUUCAAUAUUUGCAUGUGUGUGAGUCUGUGUGUGCGUGUGUGUGUGUGUGUGUGUGUGUGCAUGGAUGUACCUGUGUAUCUGCAUUUUAGAUAUACAUACAGUCUGUACAACAGCUGAGUCCAGCAGUUUGGAACCGGCUGUAAUUCACACUAUCUGAUGCUUUCUGUGCUGUGGCAGCAGAUCAACCCUCAUUGCUUAUCUACCUAUCAUAUUGAUAUGCUGAAAUGUGAACUUCCCACACAACAUCCUACUGAAGCAAUAGCAGACUAGAGCUUGCUCCGCCAUGGCGCCGCCUUGGCUUUUUUUUGUGUGUCUCCGCUGUGUUGCUAUGGUGUUGCUACGAUACAGUAUCUCUACAGUGCCACCAAAGUCCCAUGUGGAUGCUGCUUGCUGGAGAACCAUGUGUGUGUGGAUGUGUGUGUGUGUGUAUAUGUGUGUAAAUAUGUGUGUAUGAGACAGACAAAAGAGUGAGUGAGUGACUUUGACCUGAGCCCUCGGCUGUAGUGCGGAGAGCCCCCCCCCCCCCCGACUGGAGCUGAGUAGCUGAUCUGUGCUCGGUUAUUUCUGACAAAGUGACGGAUAAUAGAACCGUUGUUUCUAAACAAGAGAAUAAAAAUGUAUGAAUUCAACAAA